GAAGACAAUGAAGCACCGAGAGAGAGUACAGGACGACGAAGUAGAAGGAAACAGAGACAUUGGAGAGAGAAACCCUUAGUAAAUUUUGUCUCCUCUCUAUAUAAUUCUUGUAAUAACCAGAAACACUAUUCAAACCCACCUUCACGUACACGUCUUCUGAUCGUAAACUUUCAAUUACUAUAUAAUAAACCAAUUGUACCAUUUCCAUGUUCUUUCACUGUUAAUCGAAUAAUCAAUCAUAACCCUUUCUGCCCUGAUCCGUCGGAUUCCCAAUUGCCCGUUAAUUUUGUCCAGAUCUGCUGCAAAUCGAAACCAUUGAUUCAAAAUGGAUGACCUGGAUGUGCUGGCACGGGAUUUUGGGUUCCGACCACAAGGAAAAUCGAAUCCGAUGAGAUCCGACCAGGCGGAUCACCGCCCCUUCCGAUCUGUUGACGAUCAGAAUCGUGAUGGGUUGUUGUUCAACGAUGUAUUUGGUGGGCCGCCUAAGUAUACUUCGAGUUCGAGUUCUAAUAACAAUAGUAAUAACAAUCCGUCGUCCAUGAGUGAUUUUGACUAUGAAUCCAUUUUUAAGUCGGAAUCGAAAGUUUCAAACAGUAAUACUGGCGGUAAUAAGACGUCGACCUUGCCAGUGUAUGAUAAGCCCGUUUAUGAUGAUGAUAUAUUCGAUGGUUUGCCCGGGUUGAAGAACAAAUUGGGUACUUCCUCGGUCAGAUUUGAGGAUGAUAUAUUUGCGUCAAUUGCAUCGCCGUCCACAAAGAGCAAGAAUCAGAACGAUUUUGAUGAUUUGUUGGGGAACUUGGGUGGAAAUGACAAGUUUGGGGAGAACAACAACAGCAAGAGCAGUAGUGCUAAGAGCAGCUCUACAUCGCGAGGGUUAGAUGAUCUGUUAGCUGGGUUUGGGGGUGGAAUUCCUGCCAGUAGCAACAGAAAAGGAAGGAUAAUUAGCUCAGUGUCCAUUCUUUUUUCGCACAGACCAAUAUCAGAGUCAAGUCGAGGCUACAUACAAACCGACAACACAACUUCAAAUGUGAUGGAAGACCCUUUUGUAGUUAUGGAAUCAACAUCAACCCCAGGAUCAUCGUCAGGGGUGUCUACUGAUCCUCUGGAGGAAAUUGGUAAGCUUGGUAAAUCGAGAAGUGCUAGGGCUGAGGCAUCCUCUGUUAGCGAUGGAGUAUUUGAUGACUUAGAUCCUCUUAACGGAUUUGGAAAACCUGUCCAUCCAUUUUAUCCUGGGAGGGAUAAUGGAGGUAAGGAUGGGAGCCCGUCAAGAUCAGGAACAUCUGUAUCUUCUGGUGUUAGAGAGCAGACAGGAAAAUCUGACAGAUAUUCGGGGAGCAAUGUGGAGAAGAAGGUUCCUUUUGAUAAUUUUCAGGAACCUCCCUUGUUUGCAUCAGCUGCUGCAAAGAUGAGCCAACAAAAGAAUGAUAAUGAUCUGGAGUCCUUUUUCGGCAUGGGAUCUCGUGCGAGCAGUGUUCCUAGGGCCAGAACAGAUUCGGUUGAUCCUCUAUUCAACCAGCAAUUCCAGGAGAAGGCAGGAUCUGAAGCUGCAAAGAGGACAUCAUUUUCUAGUGGGGCCUCCAAUAUGCGAAAAGCUUCUUCCACUACUAACAUUGUAGAUGAUCUAUCUUCUAUUUUUGGAGCUGCUGAAUCAUCUGGAGCAUUCCAGGAGGUUGAAGGGGAAACUGAAGAAAGAAGAAGAGCAAGACUCGAGCGCCACCAACGCACUCAAGAGCGGGCGGCCAAAGCACUUGCUGAAAAGAACCAGCGGGAUCUUCAAGCUCAAAGGGAUCAGGAAGAAAGACAUAGGAUUGCCGAAACAUUGGAUAUUGAAAUCAAGCGUUGGGCUGCAGGGAAAGAAGGAAAUUUGCGUGCUCUACUGUCAACUAUGCAAUAUGUGCGUAUAUUGCCUUCCAAGUCUACAUUCUAUAUUGGUCUGCAAUUGCAGUUUGCCUGUUUCUUCAGCUACUGUACCCUUUUACUGCUUAACUGUUAUAUCAGAUGAAAUAAUUUACCACUA